GGGUUAGGGUUAGGGUUAGGGUUAGGGUUAGGGUUAGGGUUAGGGUUAGGGUUAGGGUUAGGGUUAGGGUUAGGUUUAGGUGGAGGGUUAGGAUUAGGGUUAGGUUUAGGGUUAGGGUUAGGGUGAGGGUUAGGGUUAGGAUUAGGGGAAGGGGAAGUGGCACUGUCCAUCAAUGGCCCGCCAGGAUGGCGCCCCAACCUCACGUAAGGUCCCCGGGGGGACCCCGAUCAGAGACAACAGGUACACAACAACAAUCCCGCUAGAGACACUCGAUGAAUACAGUGUCCUGCACCUGACCCCCCAGAUGACCUCUCUGGAGGGCUGGAUGUUGUUGGAUGCCAGCGAAGUAGUUUGGUGUGGUCGUGUUCUGUCUGUUGACGUUAUAACACGGUUGUUACAGGAUGGCGAGUUGCGCCGAUUCUCCGGGUGUCAUCCUCCGCACCCGGCACACCGGAAGCAGCACGAAGGGGGUCAGGCGGUCCACGGGUCUCCUACACCGCAGGUUUGCCACGCUGACAGUUGGCCCGGUUUGCGGGUCCGCUGCAUCCUGUCCCCGAGCUGUCUUCCUUUUCCGGCUUUAUGCUGUGGGUGGCUCUAUUUUUUCAGGCACUUCCUCACGCUGCCUUUUCGGGCUUUUUGGCAUCGGGGUGGCAGGAGUGACGGUCACAGGUUCGCCGUGCUGCCAGCUGGCGCGGGUUGCAGUAUUAUCGGCCGCAGACACGCCCCCGUCCCUCUGCGCUCCGGAUGCGCAGCAGGCGUCAGGAGGACGCUCCUCCGGGGUCAAAGGUCAUGCAGCUCCAGCAGGAGUACCCCAUCUUUUUUACUGCUCCAGCAGGAUGAUUGACCUCUUUUUCACUGCGAGCUGAAGGCCUGCUGGGACGCUUCCAAUUCCCUAGCAGGGUUGUUGACCUCAUUGUUCAUUAAAAAAUUGUUGUCAUAA